AUAAAAGAGAUGACGAUAGAUUGAGAGAGUUAGAAAAGGGGGAGGCAGAGCGAUAGAAGGAAAAGAAUGAGAGAGAAGGAGUGAGGAAAGAGAGAUAGAUAGAGAGAGUCACUGAAAGAAACGGUUGAAUGAUUACUCAUUGUUAAAAAGCAGUUUAGCAGCUGUCACUGUACAUGUUCAUUGCCACACUAGUCAAUUCAUAGAGAACACCAAUAGGGGUGUGACUUUGCCCUCCAACGUGUACACCUCUCUGGGUCUCCAGACCUGCUAUAGCUCUCGAACCACUUCGGGGAAACCAAUCAACUUCUCCAUUGAAUAUGCCCUUAAUGGAAAAGCAAGCUUGAGACACAAAACUAAGAAGGUCAAAGGUCAAGAUGGGACAAAGUCACUCAAAGCGGUAUAAAUCUCGCCGGUACCAGUUCGGAGAUGAACCGGUUCAACCUGCCACAGCACCGGGAAAACAACGCCGGUUCACCCGAAAACCGAAGAAUGUCUCACAGCACAUCGCCCACCACAGCCACCAAAUGGCCCAUCAUAGCCAAUAUACCGAACAACAGAGCCAACCGAUACAAUACAGGAGGCGAUCCAGUCAAGAUUACCUUAGUUCCCAAUUGAGAGAUGACGAGAUGGACAGUCGGUCACGGCCCCAGUCCUGGCACGAGACCCGGUUCAAUCCGAUCGUCUCUUCUGUACCGGAUGUGAGGUCGAGGAUGACCGGAAACUACCGCCCACACGCAGCACAUUCAGUUCGCAGAGAGACCUCUUUCGCAACUCAUGAAGAAGAUAAUAUUACAUCGAUGGGAUAUCACUCAAUGGAAAGAAGGGAAAGUUAUUAUGCAGUAAGGGAAUCUUCAUUUGUACCCAUUUCAACUCGAGUCGAAAGGUCAGAGGUCACAGAUCUGGAGAUCAAGGAGCUUGUCGAGGAACUACGGGAUUCGGACUGGAUGCGUCUUGGUAGCCAUCUUGGAAUAUCCACCAGUAGACUUGCCGCAUUCAAGGAGCGUUACCUUGGAAACGUACCUCUCUGUGCCAUGGAAGUUCUGUUGCUAUGGAAAAACAACUGUUCUGAGGUGAUCAAUCCGAGAUCUCACCUAGCCUUAGCGCUGUCAACAGUUGGGCGUGAAGAUCUUUAUAAUAAGAUCAAACGAAGAACGUAUAUACUUGAAGCAGAAGCCAGGGCUAGAAAUAGAAGGCAACGAACCGAGUCCACACCAAACAUACCUUACAUCAUUAAUGACGAUGACAAAAGAACAACGAUGACUACAGAGCGAAGUUAUGAUAAAACCGAGUCAGGAGUGGAAACGGUUGAGUCUUUAAGCGACAGUCUCGAGGACGAAUCGGAUGAGGACACCGAAACAGGAUGGCAGAGACACAAUGUCAUACACGUCCCCAUUGAGGUCCUGAGCGACAACGAACAACGAUCUCAGUCACCCAAACCAAAGUCCAUCACCGUUCCUAUUGUCACAACCGAUCCACAUGAACGUAUCGCUCCAUCCCCAUCGGCGCCUUCUGCUAAAGAUGAUUCUGUUUACUACCCAACGGUGCCGGAUAAAGCAGAGGUUUAUGAAUCCAAACGCGACGAUGGCACACGUUCAGUAGAUCCUGAUCAAAGUUCUGGUCAGUUAGAACCCUACCCGGGGAUGGUCACAAGCCAUUUAGAUCCAGUUGAACCCGGUGAAACUGUAGCAGUUGCCGUCUUGAAGUCAGUCGAUGGAACUAUCACCAUACAAAAUGAGCCUAGAGAAACACAAAGAGAGCAUCCGAUUGGUCGGGUCACCAGUAUACCAGACGGAUCUGAAAAUAAGCCAAAACCGGCUCGUACCGAUCAUGACCAAAGUUCAAAACCGGAUGUCUCGAAGAGUGCUGGACCUUCCAAAUCCUUGAGAAAAUCAACACCAAAGUCUACUGUCUCAAAGACCAAGGCGGAGUUAUCAUUGGAAGAACUCCGUAUAGUAUCCACAGAGAUCAGGUCUACAUCGGAAUGGCACACAUUAGGCAAACGGCUGGGCCUAAACCAAAAUGACAUCAAGAAUGUGUCAAAGGCGAACGGAGAGGGCGUGACGCAAUGUGCAUUUGCGGUUCUUAAGCUUUGGAAGAAACGCUCUGGCAACGCACCUCAGGGAAGACGGAUACUUGCUGCUGUUGCCUCUGAUCUGGGUCGAGAUGAUCUUUAUGCAGCUAUUACUAAUCGUAAACUUCUGAGCAGGAUUCAAUCCCUUGAAGAUAGCGUAGCAAGAUGGCAAGACGCCUUAAAGGAGAGGUAUGUCAGUGAUGAGUUUGAUGCAAUAAAGAGCCAGCAUUACCUGGAGAUCCCAGCAGUGUAUGAAGAUGAAAGUGGGCAGAAGGAAACUUUUAAGAGCAGGCACGACGUCGUAAGUGCUGACCAGAGGGGCAAGCAACAACCGCCAUUUAUCCUUCUACAUGGGGACGCGGGUUGUGGGAAAACAGGUCUUCUGAAGAGGCUGGCUCUAGACUGGGCGGAAGGCAACGAGCAAUCACCUCUUUCCAAAGUCCCGUUAGUUCUCUUCUUCACACUUGGGGAGUUGCGACGAUGUCGAAGCAUCGGAGAAGCAGUGGUCAAGCACCUCCUGUUUACGGAUGCUUCAACAACGACCAGAAUGGUUGAUGAUUACCUUAGAAUGCACCCAAAGAACUCUGUUCUUCUGAUAGAUGGGUUUGAUGUCUCCCGCUCACAAGGUGACCUUCGUGCAGUACAGAAGAUUCGCGACAUAGUACAGUGUCAGGUGAUUGUUUCAAGCCGGGCGUGUCUACCAGAGAGUGAGGAUUCGACAAGUAAGGUACUAUCAGUUGAGAUGCAAGAUCUCAGUUUUGACCGCCAAAGCGAAUUUAUCCGUUCGUUUUUCGAAUCUGAUGAAGCAAGAGGCAAUGAGCUCCUUCAACACAUAGGCAGCGAUGAUGUAUUGUUGUCAUUCUGCUCGCGGCCAAUGUUCCUUGUGAUUAUUUGCAAGUUAUGGAAAAAUCAUGCUCAACUUCAGGACAUCAACACGCCCUCAGAUAUCAUUACUUCUUCGCUUGUUCUCCGCUUCAUCGGACAUGAAGAUGUAACGAAUGUGGUAGAGGCGGUUAGAAGUGUAAUGUCAGGGCUCAGUCGUGUAGCACUGGAGAGCGUCAUGAAACCUAAUGGCCAUCUAACAUUCAAGACAAAGGACCUGGCAGACAGUGAACGAGAGUGUGCAGAACUCGCUGAGAGAGUCGGUUUGAUCAGAUGUUCCAUUUCCUCCGCCGAUGAUUCGGUUUUAAACAAGGAGGACAGGGAGUGGUCUUUCUGUCACCCACUAGUGCACGAGAAAUGCGCUGCAAUCGGUCUGGCAAGGCUCCACCAGACUGACCCACAGAUAUUAGAAGAUAUAUUAUCUUCCAUUAGAACAAUUGCUGACUGUGAGUCUCUGAGAUAUAUAUUAACCUUUGCUUCCGGUGAAAGUCCUGAUGUCGCUAAGAGAAUCCUAAGAGUUCUGGGAGAUCUAGCCUGGAAGGACCCUGGUUCAACGUUGGCGGCUCAAGAGCUUGUAUUGAAAUGUAACUUUGAGUGUCACAGAAAUGAUGCCUUGAACCGCGAACUUCAAUUUAACCUAAGGUCCCUUCAAAUUUCAGCGUUCACAAAGAGAUUCUUGAUUGAUGUCGCUUUCAGGUACUUCAUCCUGAAUUCUGUCAGGGAAGCUGAGGAACCAGUUCAUAUUGAGAAAGUCCAGUUCUGCAUUGCAUCUCGCAUCGAUAUGGACUAUGCUACGGCUUGUUUACAGAAUGGUUACUUCUCUUCCGUGCCAGAAAUGAUCUUUGACAUGCCACACACUUUCAGUCCCUCAAGAGAAGCGUUAAGAAGACUCUCCGAUGACGUGGUUAUACCUACCCUCCGAUGUCUGAGGGUGAACUCAAUCUUCUCUACGAGCGAUUUUAUUUCUAAUCUCCAUUCUUCUGAGACCCUGGAAGAGAUCACAGGCACAGAUGUUGAUCCAAAGUACAUAAACCUACCAGCAUGGUGCCGGAAUUAUCCCAAUCUUAAAGUUCUUAGUCUUUCCUGUAUAUUGUACCACGACCCAGGGAAUGUGGACAGCCACCGGAACAGCCUCAAAGGUCUUGACACUGUCCUGGGCAGCCUCACCAGUUUAGAGUAUAUCCAGCUAAGCAACUUCUUCAGCUCCGAGACACUGAUCCAAAUCCUGACCAUGGUUCUUCAGACGUUGCCGAAGGUGUCCCACAUCAAGGCAGGACCCUCCGGUGACCAACUCCAUCACUAUGCUGAAGAAGUCGAGGAAACAUGUGGGGAAGUCUCAGACGCUACCAUCCAAAGUUUCAUCAAGGCUACCAAGAAGUCGGCAUCUCUGAAGAUCCUCCAACUGUCAUGCUUUGGAAACUUUGAGAAGCUCUACCAGAUGCUGCGGUCGGAAAUGGGAUCAAGGGGGCGAAGGGGAAGUGAACUGCAAUACUCGUCACCACGUGGAGAAGAUGGAUAUUGGGUAUUCAAACGGUAGUGGAAACAUGUACACCUAACGCAAGUCAUGUGACCCUACCUUUGUCACGUGAUCUAAUUCAUGGCUAUGUAAGCUUCGGCUUGGGGACCAAUACUGACGGGUCAUGAAAAGCAUGUGAUUUUCAGUGAUUUUCACCAACUAAUUUGUUCGCUGCCAGUCAGAUGCAAUGAUAUGCUGAAUGAAGCUUAUGAAAUGCUCCCCAGUGUUGUCGCUGCUUUCAAAGUUGUGGCCUUCAUGAUCGGUACAAUUUUCGUAUAGAAACCCUAAAAAUCAUGUUCAUGAACACGAAAUGCACGGGUUUUUUUUCUAAAAGGUCUUCCAAGUGAGCUCUACUCGAAGCUCAGCAUUUCCUUGCCGAAGUUAGUAAAUUGCGACAAUUUACUUUGACUUGGUUUUUUUCAAAAGUGGAAAAUAGAGGCAUUUUAUCAAAAUGCGUUCUCUUAAUUCAAAAAUGUUUUAAGACAAUAUGUACCCGUUUACCGAAAAGAAAAGUGGUAAAAAUAGCUUAAACUGUUAGCAGCACUUAAAAUAGGGGGUCAACUUCUUCAUUUAACGGAACAGACACGGUCAUCUUCUAACGCAGAGUGACAACAUCAGGAUCAGUGACGUCUUUUGUCCGUGACCCUUAACCUUCUUUGCACGUUAUUCAAGUUCUGGAGACGGUAAAAUGCCACCUCGUUUGCACAUAUUUCCUAUGCUUUUCGUUUGGUUUCAUCCAC